AUGGCUCCCUCCGUUCUUGUUGCCGGUGCCACUGGCAACACCGGUCGAAGUGUUGUCCAAACCCUCUCGGCAAUGCUCGCCACGAGCGAUGUCUUACUCAAUCACCGGAUCAUCGCGCUCACCCGGUCUCUCAACAGCCCAGCCGCACAGCAGCUCGCCACCCUGCCUGGUGUGGACGUCGUCGAGAAAAACUGGGUGGACAUCACUCCUGCCUGGCUCCGGGAGCAUGAAGUCGUCCGAGCAUUUAUUGCACCACACAACAAGCCCAACCAAUUUGCCGAAGAAUCCACCUUCCAUGUUGCCGCCCUGCAAGCUGGUGUCCAAUAUGUGGUCCGAAUCUCGACCACCGCCGCGAAUGUCAGCCCCAGCUCUACCGCCUACUACCCCCGUUCGCACUGGGCCAUCGAGAGUCUUCUCAGCUCGCCGGAAUUCACGAAUCUGCACUGGACCUCGCUCCAGCCCAACGGCUUUUCCGCAUUUUUCCUCGCUCCCGCUGCCGCCUUCAUCCAAGAGUACCGCAAGACCGGAAAACAGGGCACGUUGAAACUCCUCGCAUCCGAAGACGCUCCCGUGGCUGUCAUCGACGCCGACGAGGUCGGCAUCUUUGCUGCCCACCUUCUGUCUCAGCCCAACAUUUCAGUGCAUAACGGGGCCAAGUAUGUUCUCAAUGGCCCGGAGGACAUUACAGGGAAACAGAUCGUGAACCUGGUGGAGCAAUAUAUCGGGGUUCCGGUUGAAAACGUGAGUUACAAAGACAUGUCAGACCUCGACGCAUACCUCGAGGCUGCGUACAUGGGCGAUGGACAAUCGAGAAACGUCAUUUGGAGUAUCAAACAUGCUCCCGAGACCACGUGGGAGGGGAAAUGUACGGCUUCGACGACUAGCAAGGAGGUGUUGGAGAUCGCGCCGCCACAGUCUACCCCGGCUCAGGUGUUGCAGAGGUUACUGCAGUAUUAA